AUGGACUGCAACCGUGAAUUUGAGGAAGAAGAGGAUAUAGAAGAGGAUUUUGAAGAGGCAGAUGCAGGGGUAGAUGAAGCUGGUGAACAAAAUGAAUAUGGGGUUCACCAUGAAGAAUUUGUGACGCCUCCUCAGAACACACAUGUCGGUCACAGGAGGGUACGCGACGUGCAGCCAUUAGCGUACAUGGUUGAUGUUGAAUCCGGUCAUAUCAGAACUGAAGUUGAAAGUUCACUCAAGGGCACCCGAUGGGAUGGCGUAUCAGAAUUUAGGAAAGGUAUGAUUUUCAACACGAAGGAUGACCUCAUUCAACCCGUGCGUGUCCAUGAUGCGCAAACACACCACAACUUUAAGGUGGUGCAAUCCACCCCAACAACGUGGAUGGUUAGGUACAAUGCAGACGAGACCUAUGUUUGGCAAUUGCGUGCAACUCAACGUAAAAAGCAUGGGCUAUUUGAAAUUACACAAUACAGAGGGCCACAUACAUGCAUAAACGAGACUCUCUCGCAGGACCACCCACAACUGAAGUCUAGCUUAGUUGCAAAUGAAGUCGUAGAAAUUAUCAAAAGUGAUGCCGGUGCUUCUAUUGCAGCUUUGCAAGCACACUUGAGGUCAAAGUACCAGUACCAUGUAUCGUACAGAAAGGUAUGGCUCGGGAAGCAAAUGGCAGUUGCAAGGGUGUUUGGAGAUUGGGAUAUUUCAUAUCAACUGCUUCCAAAAUGGAUGCAUGCUAUGUGUGAAAUAAAUCCCGGUACAAAGGUGAAGUGGGCGUGGAUAGAAAUCCCUGAUGCUAACAACGCUGCUAUUUUAACAUGUGUGUUUUGGUCAUUUGUAGCAUCAAUAGAGGGAUUUCGUCAUUGUCCUCCAGUUCUUUGUGUGGACGGAACGCACUUGUAUGGAAAAUAUAAAGGUAAAUUAGUAAUUGCAACGGCCCCUGAUGCAAAUCAACAAAUAUUUCCAAUAGCGUUUGCCAUCGUUGAGGAGGAGAGUUUGCGCACAUGGUCUUGGUUCCUUAAGUGCAUUCGGGAUGAAGUGACUGAUUGCGAUAAUUUGUGUCUUAUUUCAGAUAGACAUGUCGGUAUUCUUGCUGCCGUUCGUCAGAACGAUGAUUGGCAACCGCCGCGUGCACACCAUCGGUUUUGCUUACGUCACAUUGUUAGCAACUUCAACCAGAGGGUGCACAAUACGAUGCUCAAGCAGAUGGUUGAAAUAGCUGGCAGGGAGCACCAAGUUAGGAAAUUCAAUAGUAUGAUGGAAAGAAUCCUAACAGAGGGUGGGCCAAUUGCAAAGUCCUUUUUUGAAGAGAUACCUCCUCACAUAUGGACGCAAUGUCACGAUGGUGGUCGAAGGUACGGAAACAUGACCAUAAAUCUUGUUGAAUAUUUUAAUGCCGUCUUGAAAGGAACUCGUAGUCUACCAAUAACGGCCAUUGUCCAGAUGACAUUUUAUCGCGUUGCACAGUACUUUAGUGCCCGCCGAGAGGCAUCUCGCCAAGCAAUGGAGUCGGGGAAUGGUUACACACCACAUAUGUUGUUGCAAAUGCAGAGGAGGGAGAUGGCGUAUGCUGGACAUGAGGUUAUCAACUUCAACAUUGAAAGGGGGUUGUUCAACAUUCAAACUGCACCGCAGCCACCAAAUAAGGGUCGAAAUAUUCAAACAGUUGACAUAAAGGGACGUUGGUGUACAUGUGGGAAGUGGCAGAAUCUACACUACCCUUGUUCUCACUUGUUAGCUGUCUGUGGUGCAAGAAGAUUGGGGUAUAGAAGCUAUAUUGACCCUUGUUUCACUGUACAGGAGCAUUAUGCGACAUAUGCGAUGGACUUCAUUCCCAUCCUCCAUGAACAAUAUUGGACGGAUCCAAUAGCCCCAAUAUUGUAUGGUAAUCGAAAUUUGCUUAGGCAGAAAGGACAUCCUAAAAGUUCGAGACUGCGUAACGAAAUGGAUGUACGAGAGGGUAGUCGGAGGAUAUGGUGCGGGUUUUGCCACGAAGAGGGUCACAACCACAAUCGACGUCCAAGGAGGACUGGAGGUCAUGACAAUGCUGGACCAUCAUAA